CAAAAAACCUCUUCUCCUCUCUCAGUUUAUAUAUCUUUGUCUAAUCAACGUUUUUUAAUAACAAGUAGGCUGAGAUGGCUGAAAGACUCACAUAUGAUCAGAUUAACGAGUUUCGUCAAGCAUUUUCCAUGAUCGAUAAGGAUUCCGAUGGGUUGAUAAGUACGGAUGAUUUGAUUGGUGUGAUUCAGACGUUGAAUGAAAAUGCUACUAACGAAGAUGUCCAAGAGAUGAUGAACGAAGUUGAUAAUGGAAAUGAACAAGGCACUAUUGAUUUUGAUGAGUUUCUCAGUAUCAUGUCCAAAAGAAUGAAAGAUAGCGUGAGCGACGAGCUAAAAGAAGCUUUUAAAGUAUUUGAUCGAGACCAAGAUGGCUAUAUUUCACCAGAUGAGCUAAGAAACGUGAUGAUAAAUUUGGGGGAGCGAUUAAAAGAUGAAGAGUUGGAACAAAUGAUACGAGAAGCUGAUCUUGAUGGUGAUGGUGUUAUUAGCUACGAGGAAUUCGUUAGGGUUAUGAUGAAUUCUUCAUGAAGAAGAUAAACAAAAACAAUUUUACUUGGUGCUUUUCAUAAUAAGACUAAAUUAACUUAAUCUCGUAAACCAUUCAAACGAGAGGAUUUUUUUAUUUUCUUUCUUAUUUUAUAUUCUCACUUUCCGAUAUUAAGUUACCUUUUUUUUGUUUUUUUUUUUUAAGUUUUAAUUUUUACUUUCACAUGUUGUGAAAAGAAAAAC